GCGUGACGUCGUAUUUAGGGGGCGUGUCAUCGCUCGCCGGAAUGCCGGACGCGCAGACGUGAAACGGCAACUGGGAACACAGCGUGGACAUGGAGGACACUCUGCUGUGGAUCGCGGGUGUGUUGUUACUCCUGUUCUGCAGUCUGGAUGUGUGGUAUUACAUACGGGCAGUGCUUGCGCUGAUCCGGGCCUGGUUCCUCUCACCCGUAUUCGACAUCACAGCAGAGCAGACCUCUAGCGGACGAGUUGUUCUCCAUGACGUCGACCUUUGCCACAUGAACAAUGCCCGCUACCUGCGCGAGUGUGACUUUGCCCGCUUCUCUCUGUAUACCCGCAACGGCGUGUUCAAGGGCUUAAGAGCUGUAGGGGCCACCAUGGUCGUCGGGGCAACUACCAUCCGCUACAGGCGGCCGCUGUGCGUCGGUGAGUCGUUCGAGAUCCGCAGCCGAAUCGUUACCUGGGACGAGAAGUCGUUUUACCUGGAGCAGAGGUUUGUGUCUCGCAAAGAUGGGAUGGUGUCGGCUGUAAUGUUCUGCAAACAGAAUGUCCUGCGCAGCAGUCCGGACAAGAUCCUGCAAUACCUGUGCAAGAGAAAGGUUGAAGUGCCCGAAGUUCCCGAAGACCUGCAGCACUGGAUCAAUUUCAUCUCAGCCAGCAGUAAAGCCCUCAGGGGGGAAAGUCAGCUCGAUGAUAAAAAGAACGAAUGACGGCUCACUGCCUUAAAUGAACUCUCAAACACCGGUUCACAAACACAUUUUGAUGCACAUACAUUAAUGUCUCAGAUGUUUGGACGCUCCGAUGCAAAAAUAAAACUGUGAGUUCUGCUAGAAUCUAAAA